GUUUUAGAAAAUAAAAGCAUUUUCUCAAGGUGGUGGUCUUUGCAGUUCGUCAGCUUGCUCUUUGGUGGCGCUGUGUCAUCACAUUCUCCCCAAGAUAACAAAAGCGCUAGUUAAUGCUAGAGAUAGCUCCUCCGUUUGGCUCUCUACAGUCUAGACAUCACAUCGUUAGCCAGGUCAGCUAGUUUAGCUGUAUCUUUUUUAUUUUGACAAAAUGACAACUACGACCGGCGGCGGAGAGUUUGGCAACCCUCUACGGAAGUUUAAACUCGUCUUUCUGGGUGAACAGAGUGUGGGGAAGACCUCUCUGAUUACCAGGUUCAUGUACGACAGUUUCGACAACACUUAUCAGGCAACAAUUGGUAUUGACUUCUUGUCAAAAACCAUGUACCUAGAAGAUCGCACGAUCCGGCUACAGCUUUGGGAUACAGCCGGACAAGAGCGUUUCCGCAGCCUCAUCCCAAGCUACAUCCGUGACUCUGCCGCCGCUGUGGUGGUUUAUGACAUAGCCAAUCUCAACUCCUUUCAGCAAACUUCAAAAUGGAUUGAUGAUGUCAGGACAGAGAGAGGAAGUGAUGUCAUUAUCAUGCUUGUCGGGAACAAAACAGACUUGGCAGAUAAAAGGCAAGUUUCUGUUGAAGCGGCAGAGAGGAAAGCUCGUGAACUCAAUGUGAUGUACAUAGAAACCAGCGCCAAGGCUGGUUAUAACGUCAAACAGCUGUUCCGACGCGUUGCUGCUGCUUUGCCAGGGAUGGACAGCGCUCCGGAGAAAAGCAAAGAGGACAUGAUCGACAUCAAACUGGAGAAGCAGCCAGAGAUGACUGUUACGGAGAGCAGCUGCUCAUGCUAGUACACUUUGGUCGCGACCAGCCUGUCUCCCUCCCACCAACAGCUUUUCUCUUUGUGGCCACUCUCUUCACCCACCCUGAUGGAGGAACACUCUUUUUCUUUCCCCCUCUUCUCAACUCAGUGACUUUUCAAAGUAACUGUGUGGAUGUGCAUUACUGUACUGAGCCUGAUUAUCUUGGGGAGGGGGGUAUUUCAGACAUAAACAUUUAAGGUAAAGAGUAAGUUUUAGACCAAGAUGUUCAGGUUUUCAUCCAGUUGCAUGACUUUAUAUAGGAUUGCAGACCGACAUAGCUAACCGCUCUUGAGUUAUUGCACAGUUCUGAUCUUAGUGCUGUUACUCUUGUUGUUGUAGAGUUAAACUGCUUGGGAUUAUGUACAUGACUAAGAUUUUAAUUCUUCGCAAUUUUAUUUUGUCGUUUUGUUUUUUUUCCAAAGAAUAAUUAGCUUGCAACGAUCUUAAAACUGCUUAUUUCCCUAUCUCAUUUUGAGGAAAUACAGACAGAAUUUCACCGUCGAGUUCAUCGCUUUGAAACCAUCAUGUUGCCAAUCUGGAGCCAAACAAACUCAUUGUACAUUAAAAAUCAUAAACAUAAAGCCGAACUCAACAAACAAAACGUCAAAUUGCUUUUAAACCGUGCUGCAAAAGGAUGAUUAACAAGGGAAUUGAUGUCCAUUGAUUUCAUUGAGAAAUCCUCCCCAAAUGUCAUUAAAAAAUCAGUAACUACCAAUAAACUACAGCAAGUAUUUGUAGUUUUGGUAAAUCAGUUGUAUGCAUGCAUCUGAGAAGGAGUGAUCAGUUAUUUGAUCGCCUCGAUGAACAAAAGCUCAGAAACCCCUGGUGUUUCACUUUGAAGGCAGUAUGACUUAACCCCCAUCUUCAUUGUUGGUUUGUUGUGUUGAUUACUCCACCUUAAAAACAUAGAGCAUGCUCACCAUGCAGGAUUUCUAUGGAUAAGAACACCGAUGCCUUGCUUGUUUGUUCACCAUGUUGUGCACUAAAUCAAGCCACAAUAUUGUAAGAUAUCAAAGAAGCCUGCUGACUGGUUCGUGGCUUCACUAGUUGUUUAUUAGAGCUGGUAGGUAGAUGUCCUCAGAUUCAGCUAAUGCUUACUAACAACCUUGCUGUUAAAUAUAUAUUAAAAAAACAGUGCAGAGAUGUUAGUCGGAGUAUUUUUCCUGUGUUGCUGUUGCCUGUUUCAUGCAUUUAUUUAUUUUGUAAAUUGGACCGACAUUGUUAGCUUGACCAAAAGUACAAAGGCCGACAUGCAUGGUUAUUUUAUUUUUUUAAUUUAUUGGUGCGUGUCUGCUGCGGCUCCACACGUCUGUUUUCUCCUGUGUAGUGGGCUUCGUUUACAGCUGCAUUAUCUUUACAGACACACAGGUCAACCAACUAACCAGAACAACAAGAACCCACCAAUCACCUGCUUAUACUUCUGUUUCUAUUUUAUUUUUUAUGGCUUUUUAAAAAGAGGAUUUAAAGUUUGAACUGCAUAACAUUUUAUCAUUAGCAGCUCUUUAAUUGUCACAGACUAAAUACUCAGCUUUGUCCUAUUCUGAAUGGUGUCUGUCUAUUGGAAAUAUGUCCACUCGUGUUUAGGAACGUUUGUGUGAAUAAUGUACUAUUAUUAUCUUAUGUAUAAAAAGGAGAGAUAAUGAAACACAAGUGUAGGCCUAUCACAUCAAGUAAAAUAAAGAUAUUUCACCAAAAGUA